ACCCUCUAUAGUACGUGUUUCCUGCGCUUGCUUCGUGGAUGCUUUGCUUGUAAGGCCUUGUUGGGUCAGCGCUGGGUCUGAAUUAGCUCUCUGAGCAUGGGUUUGUAUGCUUGAGGCCGUGUGAUCUUCUGCACCAAGGCUGUCCAUUUGAGCACGAAACAUCAGGAUUGGGUUUUGUGAGGCUUGGUGCCAGGCGAUAAACGUUUAAGCACUGUAAAUUACGAGUUGAAGGGAUCCAUGUUGACUCUACUUGCAGGCGUUGCUUCAUUCGGAUUUUUUUUUGCGGAAUUAAGCAUGGAAGGCGACACUAUAGGUCAUAGUUGACUCGGUGUAUUAUUUCUGGCGAACACUUGAUGCAGACGUCACGGCAGUGCAUUUAAUGCAUAGUGGAGGACUCAAAUUCGAAAUUCAUAAUCGGGAUUUUAAGCGCUAGGGACUUUAUCCAGCUGAUCUGGUAUCUAAAAUGAAGGGACCAGGGGAAGCAUUCUGGAGUCUAUAAGUUACUAGUCCCGAUCAGAAUGCGGGCCUCAACUAUUCGGGCUUUGGCCCCAUUCGUUGUAUUAUGUGCUGCUUUUGGAGGUUGGAACUUGAGCUCCGUCUGUUUCCUUCUCGCAUUCUUUGCUGUGCAAUUCAAAACAGCGCAACAAGUGCAACAGCCAAGGCCGGGAAUAUGGAUACCUUUGAUUGUACUGUCUGGGUUAGUCAUAAUGACAGAAGUGUUUGUGAUGGUCACAUGGAUCAUUCUUGGAGAUGAUGGUCCUGUGUCAGAGGAUGAGUGGUUCAAGCUCUUGGGAUUCACCAGGUUGAAUCUCAAGGGCAAGGAUGCUAGUGUAUUUUGGUUUCUUUUACCUCAGCUUGCAGUGGGUAUGAUAGCUGCAUGUGCGCUGUAUCGAGACAAACUCGACCCAAGUGUUCAGACACAUGAGUUACUUUGGGACGAGGAUGUUAAUGAGUUUAGAGCCAUGUUGCGAAGCUUUGUGCUUCCUUUGGUGUUGUUGCUGGUAGGUGUAGCUCGGCCGUCAUGGAUCACUUUACCGUAUUUUGUUUGCAGCUGUGCGAGUUUGUUACACUGGGCAAUGACGAGCAACUUUGUUGGACUCUCAUGGGGGUGGAGGCCACUUAUAUUGUAUACAGGAUUGCACAUUCUGGCACUAUAUUUGGAUCAAUUGCCACUUUCAAUACCGCAAGGUAUUACUGAUGCUGCCGAUUAUUUGGGCUUGUUCAAAGCAUCAGGUCAACUGCUGGGAUGGCCGGAAGUUUGUCAAGUUGUAUCUUUAAUCGCCUUGUACAUCCUGUUGUGCUAUGGUGUGAGUGAUAUGGAAGAUGAGCAAAAAUAUUCGGAAACACUCAACAGAAACAGGCAUUCCUUCAGUAGUUGUUGCACAGGGGACGGUUUGUUAACUGAAAACCUCUUGCCUUCUCGUCAACCAGCGUCGCUUGAAGAUUCCAUAACUUCAAGGAGAUGGGCGGCCAAUCAGAGGCGCGUGAUCACUUUCCAGCGUGCAACUAUCACUCUCUUCACGUAUGGCUUUCCAAUAUGCAUGGUGGCGCUCGUUUGCUGGAGUUUUACACAUGCCAGCCUAUGUGCCUUCGGGCUACUACUGUACGUGGGUUACAUUUUUUUCGCUCUCCCAUCGGUGCACGUUCUCCGCCGCCUUAGCCCCGUAUUACUUGGUUUCAUAUUAGCUUGGGCUCUUAGCACGUACCUCUUCAAUGCGGCCUUUACAAUCAUGAAGAUCGAAUUUGACAUGGAUUUGGAUAUAUGGCAUACAAUCGGGCUUUGGCACUACUCUACUCCAGGAUUAUUUAUUUUUGCGCAAUAUGUGCUUGGGGCUCUUGUGGCUACUGAAAUAUUUGCAAGCAACAGUAUUGUGAACAAUCUUGUUGAAAGCGGCGAGAACGAGGAGGCCAAUCGGAACUUGGAGCAAGUAACAGAUACAGAAGAUACGAAGGUUUUGGCGCUAGCAGUAAUAGCGUGGUGUUUGCGUCAAAGUGCUGAUAUCAUAUCACUGCUCUUAAUUUUUGCCGUGGGGAUGAAGGAUGGUUUGCUCCAUGCAAUAUACAUGGCUUUCUUCAUGGUCUACUUGGUGCGAUCGUCAAUUGGAAGGCGAACCAGGCAAUAUUUGAUUCUAUUAUGCGAGGUGCACGUGGCAGUGCUUUACUUGUUGCGACUGGAUUGGAUUUCUUCAGAACUCAAAAAUAAAGAAGCAACAAUUCGGCCUGUACUUUCUUUUAUAGGGAUAUGGGAGAAAGCAACGUUCGAAGACUUUCUGGUUAUUGGAGCUCUGCUUCUCUUUUCAGCUAUGCAAAAUCAUGGAUUGAAUGUAUUGAGCUUUUUGUCUACUACGGUGCAACGGAGUCCACAUGCCCCACUUGGUUGGAGUGUGCUGCACAGGAAGAAUGGACGUGCUAUUCUUCUAUCAGUUUACACUAAUGACACUGUCGAAAAUCUUCAGCAAGAGGCCGCAACUCAGGCGAAUUGGAUAACAAAGAGGCUUGCAGCAUUCGCAGAGCGUCUUCGUUUUGUAUAUCGCAUGUUUGGAACGUAUAUUGCCUACACCACAAUCCUGUGCUUGAUCUACGGCGUAUCACAAAGUUAUGUUUCUUUUGGCUACCUAUUCUUCCUUCUGUGUUGGGUGAUAGGCCGGCAAAUAAUUGGAAAAUCGGAGCAACAGCUCUGGUUACCCUUAAUGAUAUUUUCAGGAAUUGUUUUCAUUGUUCGCUACAUCUUGAGUGCAUUUCCAGGCACCCAGUCUGUGGUUGACGAUUACGUUCCCCUUGUACGGGGCUUAGGAUUUCACUGUGACAGAUCGAUAUUUGGAAAUCUUUGGGAUUGUUUGACGAUUCUAAUUGUCAUGCAACUUUUCCGAAACGAACGAGCUCAGAAAGAGUGUAGUUUAGAGGAUCCCGAGCAGCCUGGUGAUCACAUUAACGUUACCUACGGGUUCAUUGGAUUCAUGAAACGCCUCCUGAUUCUUCACAGCGGCAAAAUAUUAUCUAUGGCGGUAUUUUAUGUGACUAUCACUCCUGUUAGCCCUAUUGGGUUCUUAUAUCUCGUGAUGCUUGUCUUUACUUGCAAUAUGUCUAAGACCGCUCGCCUUCCAGCAAAAGUUUAUGCUCAAUAUACUGCUGUAUUGAUAGUACUUGAGUAUCUCUUCCAGCUGUGGAGUGAGAAAGAGGAGAUGGUGCUGGGCCAAACGCAUGGAGAAUUUGCCUUUUGGUUGGGGUUCAGAUUAUAUGGUAGUGGCUUUUGGGCUACAGAAGCAGGAAUGAGAAGUAAAGCAUUAGUUUUGGCGGCAUGCGUCCUACAGAGUGCAACACUUAGUUGGCUUGAGCUACUGCCGGCCUCUUUACGUGUGGAUGAACCAUACGAGGAACCGUGUUUGCUGUUCCUUCCAUAUCCUCGUAGAAGCCGCAAUUUUUUGCGCUCAUCUGUAGAACCCUCAUCGUCUGAAACUGUAAGCUCUCAAGAAUCUUUUCCUGAGGAUAUAAGCUUGUCUCAAAGUGCUUCCGUACCAGCAGAAAAUUCUAGCAAUUCCACUGUUCAAUCUUGUGACAAUGCAAGCAGAUUUGUACCACAGACUCUAUCGCGACACACUCUAAGCGAAGACCGUGGUUCCUCCAAAAAUAUGAAAGGCAGAGGUUGUGAAAGUCGGCAAUGGUCAAAGAGAGCAAUGCUUCUUCAGAAACAUGAUCGUUAUGAGGCGCAAGUGCGGACAUUGAACAUUUACAUCAAGCACAUCAUAGAACAUUUUUUCCAGCUCUACGGUCUUGAGCUUUCUAUGAUUGCCUUAUUGGUGGGCAGUUUUUCACUACUCAAUGUGGUGUCGCUGGUUUAUGUCUUCAUCCUUGCACUUUGUAUCCUUCUCAACAAACAGAUCUUGCGGAAAAUAUGGCCCAUUUUUGUGGUACUGUUCGGACUUAUUCUGGUGGUUGAGUACGUCGUACUAUGUAAAGUCCCUCCUUCAUGGAAUGCUUCGGAUCCAAUGCUUGGAACAAAUUCGUCUGUGCGUUGUGCAGAUUGUCUUCGAAGUUACACUGGACGUUUCUCAUACUGCUGGAAAUGUUGGCUUGGCUUGGCGAUUGAUGACGCCCAAAUUUUGGUCGCUAAUUUUAUGGUAUUUUUGAUAGCAUGUCUCCAGCUUCGUGCUAAUAUGUCAGCAGGGAGUUUAGACACACGCACUUUUUACGCAGCCAUAAUUCCAGCAAGCGACCGAUUGGCAUGGAAAGAGAUUUCUUAUGAAACGACAGCUCAAUGGACCUGGCUGGACCAUCUUCGCUUUUUCUUUUACCAUAACCUCUUUCUGGUAGUCCUAAUACUAGUUUUUAUUACUGGGACAUUACAAUACGACGUGUUACAUUUGGGUUACCUCGCAUUUGCGCUCGUAUUCUUCAGGAUGUGGGACACUAUCAUGAUUCGACGCAAUUCUAUCUUGUGGACUCUACGUCUUUACAAUUUCAUUCUCAUAGUUGCAUCACUGGCUUACCAAGCUCCGUACUUUAGCUAUUUGAGCGCUCAGGCGUGCACACUUCCUCUUGGUUUGUAUAACAUUGUAGGGUUGUACAAGUAUGACUAUGGAUUUCGAAUCACAGAGCGGUCCGCAAUUGUCGACAUUACGAUCUUCUGUCUCGUUGGUCUUCAAUCGCAUAUAUUUCGGUCCCGUGAAUUUGAGCAAGUAUUACGCUACAUGGAAGCACAGCAAGUAGAAGCACGUGCACGUGCUCAGGAAGACAAGGCAGCAUGGAAGAAAGAGCAACUUCAACGUAUACGCAAAGUGGAAGAGCACAAACAACGGCGAAGAAAACAGGUUGAGAAGAUGAAGUUUGACAUGCUUCACAUGCAACUGCACCCGGAAGCUCCUGAAGUAGGAGCUCCAUCGGUUGAGUUGGAUAGUUGUGGACCCUCGCCCUCACCAUUUAAGAGUCCUAAACCUAAUUACAAUACUCCACGUUCCAUUGAGCGGAUUGCAACUGAAUUUGCAGAUGCCAGAAGACCAGAAUCUCGGUCCAAGCGUGGACUUAACUUUGCCUCCAAGUCUCCAUCUAAAAAAAUCCAAAGAGAACACGUUAGCCAGUCUGACUUAUUGAGCGACUUAAGUGAUGAAGAACAUGUUGACGUUAGACGGAGGAGCAGCACACACAUGAGACGACGACAUAAUUUGGUCGCGAGGAUGGAAUGGCCGGCGGAAGGUCGUGAUGAGAGAAAACUUAAACAUGCCAUCACAGACUCUGCCAUUAUCAAAAAUACAAUUUCAGGAAUGGAUAUGAGCUGCAUGCAGCUUCCCACGGCGCGGAGCAUGGAGAGUGAUCGACGUCCCGAGAAAAGUUGGAAGGGCCCAAUCCCUGGACUUAUGUCUGGUGUCCACAUUCUAGAAGAAGGUGUUGCCGAGGUUCACUCAAUUGGCAACAAGGCAUUGGCGAAUCUUGUCGGAUACUUGAGUAUAGAUAAAGAAAGUGAUAAUGAGAAGCCAUUGUCUGGAGAGGAAGAUAGCUACAGAAACGUUGCUGAGAGCGAAAAGCAGGAAGCAGCAGGAUCUGAACCGACAACGGCUGUGAAGAAUACUCAUCGCACGGGAUGGAGGGAGACAUGGACGCAGCUGUCCAUGUUGAGCUACUACACCUGGUGUCAGAUUCGAGGAAACACUGCCUUUGUUUGCUACGUUUUCUUUGUCCUUGCUUACGUUUGGAAUUUCAGUUACUUGACCCUUGUUUUUCCAGCAGCGCUGUUCCUUUACGCUUUACUCGUAAACCCGGGCCCAAGUCAGCAUUUUUGGCUGGCCAUGCUUAUCUACACUGAAUUUAACAUUCUGCUUCAGUACUGCUAUCAGAUUCGAGCGACGCAUUGCGACUUUGUUGCUUCGCCACCCUCAUGGCUACGGAAAAUAGGGAUUCCCGGGUCCCUAGGCCCCCACUCCUUCGUCGUCAGUGUUCUUCCGCUCUUCUUGGUAUACUUAGCCACACUUAUGCAAAGUUCAAUUAAAGCUCAAGAUGGAGAAUGGAUGUUUGUUAAUGAGAGAAGUACCUUCUUCUCAAACCGAAGACUACGAGAUUCAGAGGGACAAAUGCAGUUGCCGCACAAAGCCACCUUGAGUGAAGCUCUGUGGAAAUCUGUCUAUGGGGUAACAGGCUUUUUCUGGCGACUGGUUCGAGGUUUGUCAAUGUAUUGGCAAGCGCUAUCAAGUGGGGCUGAAGCACCUCCUCACUUUGUACAAGUCUCUAUGGCAGUUGAUAAGUGGCCAGAAGCGGGAAUUCAACCUGAACGAAUUGAAUCUGCUUGCAAUCGAUUACUCGCAUCAGUCCGGUCGUCUCCGCUUGACGAUGAAGUUCCUAUUGAUGAAUUGACUUGCAGUCGAGUACGUGUCGAGAGUAUUGAAAAUAGUCCUGACAAACCGAACACUGCACUGGCUGUGCUUGAGGUCAUCCAUGCUGCUCCAAAACUGCGGUCAGCUAGAAGUGCCCAAUACUCGUCCCUCACACCCGCAGCAGAUGUAGCUGCCGAACUCCUAAAAGCCAAAGAACAAGGUUAUGUGGAAACAGCUAGUUUCCCCUAUCCUAUACUAUCUGUCAUACCAGGAGGCAAGCGCGAGGUGGAUUUAUAUGCCUACAUUUUUGGCACAGAUUUACUUGCUUUUUUAUUUGUUGCCCUUGUGUAUCAGUCUUUUGUGAAGCAUAGUCCAAAGCUCCUCGAUGUGACACGAGUUGAAGACCAGUUUCCCAAGGAUUUUAUUAUUGUGCUCAUGACGCUCUUUUUCAUGAUAGUUGCAGACCGGGUGCUUUAUCUUUGUUCAUUUGCAACCGGCAAGAUGUUAUCGUAUUUCUUCAGCCUGGUCCUGUAUACGACUUAUGCGUCAAAAGUGGUUUGGGAGAUUGAAGCUACUAUACAACCUGAGUCCCCAAAUUAUUUUCUCCAGCUCCUUCCUCUCCGCCUUUUCUACUUGAUGAAGGGUUUAUCAUUAGCUUUGCAAGCAUCGCAGAUCAAGUAUGGCUUACCUCAUAAGAGUGCUCUCUAUGGGCAAUUCUUGGCACGACGUGUGAAUGCGCUGAGCUGGUGUGGGUAUCGUUUUUAUCGUGCAGUGCCCUUUCUCUUUGAGCUUCGUUGUGUGCUUGACUGGUCAUGCACCACAACUGCUCUUAAUAUGUAUGAUUGGCUUAAGCUAGAAGAUAUAUACGGGAGUUUAUUCCUGGUGCAGUGCGAUGUCAAAUUGGUUCGGGCUAGACAUCUACUUGGGCAAAAGCAAGGAGUGUGGAUCAAAUUUUGCAGCGGCAUUCUCCUCUUCUGUGUCCUCAUUGGUGUCAUCUGGGCACCUAUGUUGAUAUACAGCAAUGGAAACCCUACGAACAUGGCAAAUCCUGUCAAUGAUGUACGGGGAGGUAUUGAGGUGAAGACAGUUGGAGGGAAGUUUCCGCUUUAUGAAACUGGCCUCUGCCACAUUUUUAAUCUGGAAAGUCCUCCAAAAGAUGCUCUAUCGACGCUGUCUGCCUAUGAUAUUCGAGACAUUCAGAUUGUUUGUUGUGAACCUGAUGCCGCGGCACUUUGGCAAAUUCCUCCUAGCACUCUACAAAAUCUUAUAAAGUCCAUUCAUGAUGGGGAUCUGUCGUUCUACGCAUGGUGGCAAUUUAAUCGUGAGCGCCCAAAGGGGAAGGAGCUUGCCUUGUGGUCAGAAGAUGUCACUAGCGUCGAUGAGGACUUAUUUGGAGGUGGUAGUCAAUUGAGAGCCGUUUUGAAUGGUACUCUUGCGUCUGUCAAUAUCGCCAAACUUUAUCCUCUCUACUUUCGAGUACCUGGGUCUGGUGAAGUGCGCGCUCUGGAAACUGAGAGUUUAAGGGUGUCAGGAAAUUUGACGCUCAACAAGGAGCAAGGUCAAGCGUGGUGGUCGUUUUUGAGAGAGAACCCCUCCCCAGAUGACGGAUGUGGCAAGAUGUUGGGCCCAAUUGCGUACGUUGUAUCCGAAGAAGUACCACCAAAGGGACUAUUAGGAGAAACUUUGAGUAAGUUUAGUAUUUGGAGUUUGUACAUAACAUUUGUAUUGGCUGUGGGACGGUUCAUACGUUUGCAAUGCUCAGACAUCAGAAUGCGCAUACCUUAUGAAAAUUUCCCUGCUUGCGAUAGAUUAGUAGCAAUAUGUGAGGAUAUUUAUGCAGCUCGGGCUGAAGGCGAGCUUGAGCUAGAGGAAGGGCUAUUUUGGACGAUUGUAAAAAUUUAUCGUGCACCGUAUAUGUUGAUGGAGUAUACAAAAGUGGAGUGAAGCAUAAAUUGAUAAAGACAUCUUGGACCAUUUCUCAUGCUUCACUCAUUGAAUUGAUUAUCAGAUUGUUCCAUUCUAAAUGACUGCUGAUCCUUGAGGCUCAUGGAGUUUCUAUUGGGCAGUUUGUACCGUGUAUUAUAGUUAGAAUAGUGAUUUCCAGGGCUGUUGGUUGUUAUCAAAGGCUUUCUGGUUAAGGGCAUGUACUUACAUGGAUUGAGAGCAACCAUUACUAUUGUAUGGUUGCAAAAGAGUUUUGAGUAUUUAUUUAUUUAUUUAUUGUUUACAAA